AGCUCUGUUACAGAGAGAUGCAUCAACACGAAAAGACACAGUGGGAAGUUAACUCUCCAGUAUCCUACAGAUGAACACUCUGAGCCUCUCUGGUAUUCUUCUCUUGUCCGGUUUCUUUUCUUUGCCCUGCAAACACAGAAGCUCUUUAUGAAGUCCAUGUGCACGGGCACACGGUGAUUAAAUCCUCGGGCUGAGCAUGUCUGAAUGAAGGCACAUGUGGCGUUUACGCACGCGUUACGUCAGGCACGCCCCUUUACCUGAGAGACGCGCACCUGGAUCCAACGACGCGGAAGUCCGGCUGAGAUUACUUUGCCAUCGCGCUGAUCAUCAGUUCUUCUUUGGGACAGUCGCUGUGGAAGUUCAAAACUCUUUUGGAUAUGAACUUACACGAUAUUUAAGCGCAAUCGGUUUGACAGCCGAUUAUGUUAUGCACAGGGUGUGUGUCAGGUGUAGCUUUGUUUCUCACACUCUGAGUGCCGGCUCCGCCUCAAAAGAAUGACGUUCUUCCGCAGGCUUCUGCGCAGACGGCUGCACCCAUGGAAGCUGGCUAUAGUGGCACUGGUGUUCGUGACGUUCCUGUUUCUGAUGCAGCGAGAGGUGGUCAGUCAGAACCCCCAGGACGAACCCUGGCUCAAAGGGAUUGUGGAGAAACGGGACGGCGUUCUUGAGAUGGUCAUGGGGGCGGUGAAUAACUUCCGGGACGCUAUGCCGAAGAUGCAGAUAAAAGCUCCGGUGAGGAAGCAGGAUAGCGAGGGCGGCCCGGCCUGUCUAUCCGGAUACUACACGGCUGCUGAGCUCCGGCCGGUCCUGGAAAGGCCACCGCAAAACCCCAGCGCCCCGGGGGCUUCUGGGAAGGCUUUUCACACUGACAAUCUGAGCUCAUCGGAGCAAAAAGAAAAGGAGAGGGGAGAGGAGAAGCACUGCUUUAAUUUGUUUGCCAGUGAUAGGAUCUCACUAAGCAGAGACCUCGGCCCUGAUACAAGACCUCCAGAAUGCAUUGAACAGACUUUCAGACGCUGUCCACUCCUGCCAACCACAAGCGUGAUCAUCGUCUUCCACAACGAGGCGUGGAGCACUUUACUGCGGACUGUCUACAGCGUCCUGCACAGCUCCCCUGCUCUGCUGCUCAAAGAAAUCAUCCUUGUGGAUGACGCCAGCUCUGACGAGCGACUUAAGGACGAACUGGAUGAGUAUCUGAAACAGCUGCACAUUGUGCGUGUUGUGCGUCAGCAAGAACGAAAAGGGCUGAUCACUGCGCGGCUCCUCGGGGCCUCCAUGGCCUCGGGCGAAUCUCUCACAUUCCUGGAUGCCCACUGUGAAUGUUUCCACGGAUGGCUUGAGCCGCUGCUGGCCAGGAUAGCAGAGAACUCCACCGCUGUAGUGAGUCCCGACAUCACCACCAUUGACCUGAACACGUUUGAGUUCAUGAAACCCUCACCGUACGGACAGCACCAUAACAGGGGGAAUUUCGACUGGGGCCUUUCCUUUGGCUGGGAGACUCUUCCGGAUCACGAGAAACGGAGACGCAAAGAUGAGACGUACCCUAUUAAGACGCCAACAUUCGCAGGGGGACUGUUCUCCAUUUCCAGAGAUUAUUUCUACCAUGUAGGAAGCUAUGACGAGGAGAUGGAGAUUUGGGGAGGAGAAAAUAUUGAAAUGUCCUUCAGGGUGUGGCAGUGUGGCGGGCAGCUAGAAAUCAUCCCUUGUUCAGUCGUAGGCCACGUGUUCCGCACAAAGAGUCCACACACCUUCCCCAAAGGCACGCAGGUGAUCGCUCGCAACCAGGUGCGUCUGGCUGAGGUCUGGAUGGACGACUAUAAAGAGAUCUUCUACCGGAGGAACCAGCAGGCCGCUCAGAUCGCCAAAGAGCACUCUUUUGGAGAUGUUUCCAAGCGGGUAGAUCUCCGGGAAAAACUCCAGUGUAAGAGCUUUUCCUGGUAUUUGAAGAACGUCUAUCCAGAGGUCUUCAUGCCCGAUCUCAGUCCGCUGCAGUUUGGCGCGAUCAAGAACGUGGGGAAGAAGGCCUGUUUGGAUGCGGGAGAGAGUAAUGAGGGAGGGAAGCCUCUCAUUAUGUACCCCUGCCACGGGAUGGGAGGAAACCAGUAUUUUGAGUACUCGACCCAUCACGAGAUCAGGCACAACAUUCAGAAGGAGCUCUGUUUGCACGGGACAGAUGAAGUGGUCAAAUUAGAGGAGUGCCAGUAUAAAGGUCACAACACCAUCACAGGACCUCAGCAGAGAUGGGAGCUCAGAGAGGAUCAGCUGUUCUAUAACAAGGGCUCAAAACAGUGCCUGACUGCUCGACAUGAGAACCCCUCUCUAGUGCCCUGCAAUCCAGCAGACAAGUACCAGCUCUGGGUCUUUACAUGAAUGGCGGGACCAGUGACACACACACACACACACACACACACACACACACACACACACACACACACACACACACACACACACACACACACACACACACACACACAAACACACACACACACACACACACUCUCACUCUCAGGGUCCAAAACUUAACUUUUUGCCACAGCUGCCAAUUAAUUGCCAAAAUUAUUUCUUACUGGCCAUGAAAAUGUAUUUUACAGUAUUUUUUAAUAAAAACAUAAGUACAAUUAUUAAUAUGACAAUGAAUUAUAGAGCAUAUUUUGACAAACAGUGCAGCUCAUUUGCUCUGUUCCAAAACCUACAUAGACAGCUGCCUUCUUAGGGAGCAUCCUAUUGUUCAUAGAACCUCAUGAGUGACUGAUUUGUAAUGCUCUACACAAGCAGCGACUCAGUUCCCAUCCACUUUAUCAGCAUCCUUGGUUCUGGAAGUAUUUUUCCCAUUCAUUUUUCCCAUAGAUAUUUUAAAAAGUCUUUGUUAAAGAGCCAUGAAGCAAACCAAGCAGCUAUGAGGUUAAUCACAUAAAGUUUAGAAAUCAGACAAAAGCACAAGACUGUGACUUAAUGACACAGUUCUCUGAUUGGUGGAGAUUAUUCUGCAGAAUCAUGGGUAAUGUCGUUUUUCACCAGGAAUUCAACUAUUACUAUAACUAUAUUAUAACUAUACUUCACUAUUAUUUAAAAGAUAAGUUUAAAUAAUGCAGGUCGAUGGCUUCAACAAAAGCAUGUGAGCAUAAAAGCCUAAGAUAUUGUUAACAAUUAAUAUCCCCAUGGAGAAAAUAAAUGGGAUUUUUACUGUACAGAUUAUUCAGUGGAGUUUGUGUUUAGCAUGUUGCUAUGUUAACAUACUCUAGCAGAAACAAAUAUUGUGUAAAAUUAGCCUUUUCAAUUAGAUUUGAAUUGUUUUAUCAUAUUUAGUUGGUGUUGGAUCCUUAACAAGUACAUUUGGGAAUUCCUUAAAAAUAUUAAAACAAAGAUGCCAGAACUGUUUAAUACUGUAUGAAGGGCCAUAAUUCUAACUUGACUGAGUGCCAAAAGUAAAUGUUGCAGAAUAUCCAACUAUAUACCAUUAAAAUGUAUUAAAUUUGUAACAUUUUUAAGUAAUUAAACAAAAAUGUAAAUAAUUUUAUCAAGUUUUUUCCCAUUACAAUGCAAACAAACAACCAAAACAACAAUAAAUUUGUAAAAUAAAAAUAUAAAUAAGAAAUGAAGAUAUGCUUCAGUGGCAUGUUUUUGUUUUUUUUCUUCCUCUUGUGAUAUAGUAUGGUGGGCAAAAUCAAGGUCAUUAUGGACCAACCAGAGGGCAUCUUUGUAUUAAAAGAAUUGGAAAUGUGACCAGAAUCAUCAAAUUCCCAUCCUUAUUCAUAAUUGACAUUUAUCUUAACUCAUCCACCAUCUUAGAUGAACAUUUUUCACUGAGCUUGUUGCAGUGCAUAAUGGGAUUGCCUUCUAUUUCAGCAGAUGCUUUUGAUGAUUUACGGUCAGUAAAGGACACACGCUCAGUCUCAGAGUAAUAUUGCGGAUCGUUAUAAAGACAAAGACAAACCAUGACUUAUUUACUUGCCAAAGCCAGUUUUUUUAUUCAUGUCUGAUGCAUGGCAAGUCUUAAUUUUGGACCCUGAACACACACACACACACACACAAACACACACACAAGCACAAAUUACCAGACAGAGUCCUCUAUAUGACACAGACUUUUAAUUUAUUUUUGUAUGCGGAUAAUAUUGCUGCUGGAAAAAUGGAAUAUCUAUAGGACCAAAAACAGAGCACAUACAGAUAUUCCUGUCUAAGAAGCCGAGGCACUCAGAAACAUGCAGUGAUCUGAAGUUUUAUUUUCUUUCUCUCCAUUUCACUCCAUUAUGUCUGAAAGUCUACAGGACACAUGUCUUUGCGCAGAGGCUUUUCUAGUUUUUAAACCAUUAGAGCUCAACCACAUUGAUGAGAGUAUCAGUUGCAUUUUCUGAAUGAAAUGCAGAUUAUGGACGUCUUCAGAUAUUCUUCAAAUAAUUUAAUGCAACACAGAUUUUAAAGCACCAAAGACUUCUUGUACGUACUUGCUUCAUAUUCACUUUUCACAAACUGAGUUUGUUCUUUUCUUUUUUCUUUAAAUGUAGUGAAGUAACGUUCGGAGUCAUUCCUGUUCUGCAGCACCUUUUCCGCUCUGUAACUUAUUAAAAAGGAAUUCUGUGAUAAUUUAAGAAGUAUUUCUUAAAAAUGGUUCAGCAGACUUUCAGAAAUAUGUUAUGGUCAAGCUGAAGCUAAAGCUUUCCAGUGUAGAUUGAAAAUUUACAUGAGGAUGUAAACCAGUUUAUUAAGCUACCAUUUAGUAGUAUUAGUGAAAAACCUAUAGAUUUACCGCCAAGUAAAACAAUAUUUUGUAGAAAACACAUUUUGUUUCAAACAUUAGAGCAAAAAAAAAAAAAAAAAAAAUGCAGCAAUACAUGACAAAAUGACAGCAUUCACUAAAACUAAAAUAGUAAAAUGAAUGUUCAAGUAAAUACUUUAAUUAGACAAAUGAUAGAGACAUGAGGGUGUGCUACAUCACAGGAAUGAUGCUGAUUACAGGUCAAACAUUUGAAAUGGAAUUGUAGUGGGAUGUUUUUUAUGUUUUUAGCCAUUUAAACUCUUUCUUUAUUUUAUCAAAUGUAAAGGUGUUUUUGUUUUUUUUUUCGAUAUUACUUGUAUAUUUUGACAUGCUGUUGGACAUUGUGAAUAUUUGAUAGUUACAUAAGCCUUAAGGCACAGUCAGUGUCUCACAGUGAAUGACAGUCUGGCAGUAGAGGGCGCUACAACACAAGAGUCUGCCUUCAGGACACUGAGUCUUGACAUGAUGAACAGAAUAAACAGGCCAGAAACCUAUUUUUAAAAAUUACAUUAGGUGUUUACAUAAAUCAGAAGAUUCAUGAAUUCGGUUUACAAACUACUGUUCCAUAAUUUUGCCAUGAAGUGAUAUAGAUUAAUUGUCUUUGCUUAGAAUAUAUUUUGUAACAACAACAAAUAAUUACAUUUUUGUAAAAAAAAUUCUUGAAUUACAGAAAAUAAAUUAAGAGUUGCUAUUAAAGA